AUGGAAGAAGGAUCGCAAGGGAAAGGGGAAGGCAGUUCCGAAGCAACCACAAAGUGGGAAAAGUGGCAAACCCGGGGGCGACCGAAAAACAAAGCGGAGUGA